CUCUCUCUCUCUCUCACUCUUCACUUUUCACACUCUAUCUUUUUCUCUCCUCUCUGCUCUUUCUCUCUCAUCGCCAUCAUCAUUAUUAUUAUCAUCAUCAUCUUUCUCUCUCCUCGACAUCGCUGGAAACCAGGUGUUUGUUGUUUUGAAUUUCCGGCCAAAGUUCAUAAGCUAAUCAUAACUAUUUUUACUUUAUCUGAGAUGCAUUUUCAGUGAAGAAAAUUGCAUCUUAGAUUUUGUAAUUCAGGAGCAAUUGGAUAGAAGAACCUGUAAUGACAGUUAGCGAAGCAAGGAAAGACACUAGAAUCGGGUAUAUCAGAUGAUGUACUGCGGUUUUAUCAUGCUUUGCUUUCUCUGACAUGGAAAUUGUUCAGUUGAGAUAUGGUCACGUGUACAAUGUAUUCGCUGUAGUGGUAUACAUUCUGGUCUGUGGUAUUGGAGCUCUCAGUCCUGAUGGCGAGGCCCUUAUAAGUUUUAGAGCAUCAGUUCUGAGCUCGGAUGGCAUUCUUCAAAGGUGGAGACCAGAGGAUAGCGAUCCAUGUAGGUGGAAAGGAGUGACAUGCAAUGCAAAAUCUAAGAGGGUUAUACACUUGAAUCUCUCCCACCACAGAUUGAGUGGACAAAUACCACCUGAUAUUGGGAAGCUUGACCGCUUGGAGAUCUUAGAACUUAAUAACAACAAUCUGUAUGGGAAAAUUCCCUCAGAACUUGGAAAUUGUACAGAGCUGCAAGCACUAUACUUGCAAGGCAAUUAUUUAAGCGAACAGAUACCCAGUGAGCUGGGAAAUCUUACUGGACUUCAAUUUCUUGAUAUAUCAAGCAACUCACUCAGUGGAUCAAUACCUUCUUCACUUGGGCAGUUAAACAAGCUCAUUGCGUUUAAUUUGUCUACAAACUUCUUGGUUGGACUCAUACCAUCUGAUGGGGUGCUUGUCAAGUUUGCUCAGGACUCUUUUGUAGGAAAUCGUGGCCUGUGUGGUAAGCAAAUUAGUGCAGUUUGCAAGAAUGGAGGAACGGGUAUAGGUCCAAGUUCUAGUUCAGAUCAAGAUGAUGGUGCAAAGAAGAAAUAUUCAGGACGACUUCUUAUUAGUGCAUCGGCAACUGUUGGAGCCUUAUUAUUGGUGGCUUUGAUGUGUUUCUGGGGAUGCUUUCUUUAUAAGAAGCUUGGUAAAAAUGAUGCCAAAGGUCUCGCAAUGGAUGUCAGUGGAGGUGCAUCAAUUGUGAUGUUUCAUGGAGACCUUCCAUAUUCUUCAAAAGACAUUAUUAAGAAGUUGGAGAACUUAAAUGAGGAACACAUAAUUGGCAGCGGUGGCUUUGGGACUGUGUACAAACUGGCCAUGGAUGAUGGGAAUGUCUUUGCGUUGAAGAGAAUUGUAAAGCUGAAUGAUGGUUUUGACCGCUUUUUUGAAAGGGAGCUUGAAAUUCUUGGGAGCAUUAAACAUCGAUAUCUUGUAAAUCUAAGAGGAUAUUGCAAUUCACCCUUGUCAAAAUUGUUGAUCUAUGAUUACUUGCCGGGUGGUAGCUUGGACGAAGCGCUUCAUGAGAGAUCUGAGCUGCUCGACUGGGAUGCGCGCUUAAAUAUAAUAAUGGGGGCUGCAAAAGGGCUGGCCUACCUGCACCAUGAUUGCUCCCCUCGCAUUAUUCAUCGUGACAUCAAGUCAAGUAACAUAUUGCUUGAUGCAAAUCUAGAGGCUCGUGUUUCUGAUUUUGGACUGGCUAAAUUGUUGGAGGAUGAGGAAUCCCACAUUACAACAAUUGUUGCUGGGACAUUUGGUUAUCUUGCUCCUGAGUAUAUGCAAAGUGGCAGAGCUACUGAGAAGACUGAUGUUUAUAGCUUUGGGGUUCUGAUUUUGGAGGUCUUGAGUGGGAAACUUCCAACAGAUGCAUCUUUCAUAGAGAAGGGUCUCAAUAUUGUUGGCUGGUUGAAUUUUCUAGUGACGGAGAAUAGACAAAGAGAGAUAGUUGAUGCACAUUGUGAAGGGGUGCAACAGGAAAGCCUUGAUGCUUUGCUGUCGGUGGCUAUGCAAUGUGUCUCUUCAUCUCCUGAAGAACGUCCUACCAUGCACAGAGUAGUUCAGGUACUGGAAUCUGAGGUGAUGACUCCAUGCCCUAGUGAUUUUUAUGACUCGAAUUCUGAUUGAGCUACCCAAGGAUCAAUGUAUUGGGAUCUUUCUCUACUCUAGUGGAUGAGAUAGCAGAGUGAGUGAAGCAGUGGCGAAAAACUUCAGCGGUAUUUGCUAUUUGUUCAUUCUUUUCAGAGCAAUGAGGCAAUUGGAAAUAGCCUUCACCCGUGAGACUAGUGUUCACUAGGGAAGCUCUCUGGUGAAAUUUUGCCAUUCAUGAUUAGGGUUGGGCUCAAUUGAGAAUCUACAAAUUUAUGUGAGUUCAGUUUAUCCAUUUAUCUACCAUAGUUUUGGAUCUUUUUUUCUUCUCCAACAUUUGUUGAAGUGUAUAUACUUAUUGUACAAAUUGAGACACUGCUGCCAUAAAUGAGCACCCUGUUACUUGUUUGUCAUCUUUGUAAAGUAGAAAUCACCUGAAUAAUUAGUUCAUCAGCGUUUCUUGGUUUUGGGGAUUCAAUUAUCGAUCAUUGCUGUACUUUGCUCUCA